GGCUGCAGGGCAUCCUACCUGCUGCUGUCCCCUGCAGCUUCUCGCUGACUCCCUCUCUUGGGUUUUAUCGUUGUUUGUGCUGCUUCGUUUUCUCUGGGUGGGAGGAGGGCUCAUGUAGCCAGAAUAACGCAGGCCUUCAGACUCGGAGCAGCCUUCACCUGAGGAGCCAUCUUGCCAGCCCUGGGUCUCUCUUGACAUUGGUCACUGGAUUUCCAGGCCGUCUGAGUCAUCGAGAAUCUCAUAUCAAAAAUGUUAAACUUAGUUGGGUAUGGUGACGCAUGUCUUUAGUCCCAGCAUGAGGGCAGAGGCAUGCAGAUCUACUGGUCUACAUGGGGAGUUCCGGACAGCCAGGGCUCUUGAAAGACUAAACAAACAAACAAACCAAAUCCAGCUUAAACUGGAUUAGCAAGAUGGCUCAGUGGUUAAAGGCCUAUGCUGCCGAGACUCACCACCUCAGUUGAACCCCCAGAAACCACAUAGUAGAAGAAAAUUGACCCCACAAAUUGUUCUCUGAUCUCCACAGCCAUAUGCUGGCACAAUAACACCCCCACAAAUACACUCUCAUAAAAAUCAGUGUCAAAAGAACCUUAACUUGGCCUAUCUACUUGAGGUCACCAUCCCAGAUCUGGGGGACAGGAUGUGAAUUUGAUUUAUGGAGACCUCAUUCAGCCAACCUUGGGGUCUCCCCCUAACCCUCUAGCACUGGGGUGCUGAGCAUGGUUGGAGUGACCAAGCCUAGGUGCAGCUCGGCCCCACAGCUCCCGGGGCCUCAGUCAUCAUACAGCCCUUUGUGUCAUCACAGCCCAGAGCAGCCCCUGGCCCCUGCCUGUGGUCACUGCUGAGAAAGAGCCUGGACAGGAGACGCCUGUGGAGUUGUGGGGCCACAGGCAGUUCUAGCCAGGGCCAGCCAGAGGGGCUGCUGCCCUGCCAUCCCAGGAGGCCAUGUGAGCUUCAGUGUAGAGCCCUGCGUGAGGAGCCGUGAGGGACCCUGACCUCAGGAAGGAGCCCACGAAGAGACCUGUGAAGGACUUGAGCCUGUAGGAGAGCUGAUUCUGGGGAGAGCCCUGUUUGAGAAUAUAAACCCAUGAGGGGAGCCGGAGAGGGACCUCAGAGGGUGUUUACAGACCACGGUCCUGUAACAGGACCCAGGAGGCAGACCCAGCCUGCAGAUGGCCCUAAGAAGAACUGCCCGAUGGCAGCCAGGCCUUUGAAGGAGACUGUGGAGGGUUGUGGGGGGGAGCUCAGCCCAAGACCACUGAGGGGGCUCGUGAGGACCCCUGGGAAGGAAGCCGUGGAGGACCCCGGGAAGGCACUCUCAGAAGAAGCCCUAGGGGCCCCCAGGACUUGGAAGAGCCACCUCCAGGUCCCUGUAAGAAGGCAAAUGAGGGAGGUGCGGGAGACCCGGCGCAGGCAUGAGAGGCGCUUGGUGGAGGUGGACAGCAGCCGGCAGCAGGAGUAUGACUUCAAGAUGGCUCAGGCCCUGGAGGAGCUGCGCAGCCAACAUGAUGAGCAAGUGCGGUUGUACCGGCUGGAGCUGGAGCAGACGUACCAGGCCAAGCUGGACAAUGCCAAGCUGAGCUCGGACCAGAAUGACAAGGCGGCCAGUGCCGCCCGUGAAGAGCUCAAGGAAGCCCGCAUGCGCAUGGAAUCCCUCAGCUACCAGCUCUCAGGCCUCCAAAAGAAGGCCAGCGCUGCAGAGGACCGUAUCCGCGAGCUGGAGGAGGCCGUGGCUGGGGAGCGCGACAAGUUCCGCAAGAUGCUGGAUGCCAAAGAGCAGGAGAUGACGGAGGUGCGCAACGCCAUGCAGCAGCAGCUGGCUGAGUACCAGGAGCUGCUGGACAUCAAGCUGGCCUUGGACAUGGAGAUCAGCGCCUACCGCAAGCUGCUGGAGGGCGAGGAGGAGAGACUGAAGCUGUCCCCUAGCCCGUCUUCCCGGGUCACCAUCUCUCAGGCCACCUCAAGCAGCAGCAGUGGGGUUGGCAUGUCCGUGGGGCGGGGCCGGGGCAAACGCCGGCGGCUGGAAACUGAGGACACCCAGGGCUCACGCAGCAGUGCCUCGGGCUCGAGCGUGGGCAUGGGCAGUGGCUCCCGCCUGACCCAGCAGGCCGCAGUCACAGGUGUUGUGAGCAUUGACGAGGUGGACCUGGAGGGCAGGUUCGUGCGACUCAAGAACUCCUCGGACAAAGACCAGUCUUUAGGGAACUGGAGGAUCAAGAGACAGGUCCUGGAGGGUGAGGACAUCGCCUACAAGUUCACGCCCAAGUACGUCUUGCGGGCCGGCCAGACAGUCACGGUGUGGGCAGCUGGUGCAGGGGUCGCCCACAGUCCCCCAUCAACCCUUGUGUGGAAAAGCCAGAGCAGCUGGGGCUCUGGGGAGAGCUUCCGCACUGUGCUGGUCAACGCCGAUGGAGAGGAGGUGGCUGUGCAGGCCGUGAAGCAGGCAUCCGUUGAGGUGAGCGAGAAUGGGGAGGAGGAGGAAGAGGAGGCGGAGUUCGGCGAGGAGGACCUUUUCCACCAGCAGGGGGACCCAAGGACUACCUCGAGGGGUUGCCGACUGAUGUGAGACCUGCCCCACGGUCACCAAGGUCCCCACAAAAGUCCCUGAAAUUAUUUUUUAUAGUCAGCUCUCAUAGUCCUUGGUCCAUUUCUAGAUGACUGUUGAGCGGCCACGAGAAUGGGGGGGCUCUCCCUGCAGACUUCAUCUGGGUCAGGAACCUGCAGGCUGAAGGCCUUGGCCUGUGGCCUAUGCAGGAGGGUCAGGACCAGGCUGACUGGUCAGGGUGGACCUCGUGACGCUGCAGUGAUUUACUAGUUGAGUUUUCUUUGACGCUUUUUAAAUCAAAUCAAAUCAGGUUGCAGAGGCUGUGGUCACCAGCAGCCCAUCAGGACUCGGUAGCUCUUCCGACACAGGGCCGUCCCUCUACUCCUGGUCAGAGGAGCUCCAGCUCUGCCCUGGGCCAGCCUCGGGGCAUCGGGUCUCUUCUAAAGUUGAGGACCAAGAAGGAGGAAAUCCACACAGGAUUGGCACUCCAGUAGACAGAAGGGGACAGAUUAUGGAUGCCCCAGCCAGUGUCUACUCACACUCACACGAGUGUGGCCAGAUCAGCUGUGUUGAUAGUCCCAUGUGUAUACACACCGCAUGGCCCCUCUGUGCCCCACCCUACUGGCUUGGCCUGGACGCUCGCUGUGGUAGAACAUAGUUCCACAAGCUCCUGGUGCCUGCCAACUGUCACCUUCACCUCCCAUCACAGACACAUGGUAUUUUUUUAACGGAUAUUUAUUUUUUUACAUUAGUAUUGCAGCUCACUGGGACAUUGCUCUGGGGGGUUUCAGGCCCAAGGCUGCCAGGAAUGGAGAUCACCUGACAUUCAGCUUCCUUGAUUGAGCCGCGGGGAGGGGUGGGUGCUGUCUGUCUGCUGGCACAUCAGGUGGUAGUAGUAGUUCAGGCCCAGACUCCCCAAGGCAACAGGAUGCCACUAUUGCCACCGACCCCUCAGAAGAUAGCUCCGUUUUAAGUGACAGGUAUCGGGUCCUGGACUGUGUCUAGUUGGUUUCAGGAGUGUCGGGCAGGCUACAGUCUCCACGCAGCUGUACCUGCCCACGGGGCAGGUGCCCUCUGGUGCAUCUGGCUGGAGCUGUCCAUCUGUUUGCGAGCGGGGCUGGAGUUUUGACCCCAACAGGCGAAGCGGUUACAGGGGUGGCACUGCGGCUGGGGAGCAGCCUGCACUACGCACAUCGCUCAGCUUUACAGGUUGUUUCUUUUCUAAGAUGCAUGCCAAACGUGUGUUUCGCCUUUUUCUCUCCCCUCUUAUCAUUUGUAAUAUCCAUUUUACGACUGGAAACUUUUGUACACUCAAAUAAAAAUUUUGAUUUUAA